AUGACCGUAAACAAGAAUUUGGCUGGAAAAGUGGCCCUGGUCACGGGAGGAAGUCGAGGCAUCGGCGCAGCCAUCGCCAUCAAACUCGCCGAGCACGGCGCAAACCUCGCAAUCAACUAUGUAUCGUCCGCCACAGCUGCAGAGGCUGUUGCUGAGCAAAUUCGCUCGCAUGGCGUAAUCGCCAUCACAGUGAAAGCCGAUGUUUCCCAAGAGGGAGAAGUAAGCGCGAUGUUCAAGACGAUCAUGGAGCGAUUCGGUCGACUAGAUAUCGCGGUCAGUAACUCUGGAAUCGAGUAUUUCGCUGAGCAUUCGGAGACGACGGGCGCGGACAUCGAUCGGGUCUUCGGCGUUAAUGUCAAGGGUCAGUAUUUUGUUGCGCAGCAGGCGUAUAAGUAUAUGGCGGAUCAUGGGCGGGUUAUGUUGACUUCGUCGAUUUCGGCUGUUAAGGGUGUUCCUCGUCAUGCUGUUUAUGCUGCCUCGAAAGCCGCUGUUCAGGGUAUGACCAAGUGUCUUGCCGUUGAUUUUGGUCCGCGGAAUAUCACUGUCAACUGUAUCGCUGCGGGUGGUGUUAAGACGGAUAUGUAUGACGAGAACUCGGCCGAGUAUAUCCCUGGUGGAGAUAAGAUGACGCCGGAGGAAAUUGAGGUCAUGUUAUCGAAGUGGUCUCCGCUGGGUCGUGUUGGGCUUCCGGAUGAUAUUUCGAACAUUGCGGCCUUUAUUGCAAGCCCUGAGUCACAAUGGUUGACUGGUCAAACCUUUCAGGCUACUGGAGGUGCUUAUAUGGUUUAG